AUGCGAUGGAACGAAUCAGUUACUUUAAAAUUUGUAAAAAUAUAUAUGAAACACGAAUGCCUAUGGAACCCUACACACCCAGGGUACAAAGUAAAAUACCAAAGAGAUAAAGCCUAUGCUGAUAUUUGUUCUGAAUUUAAACAAGCUACUAUGAAAAUUUUAAGUAUACCUGAAGUAAAAAUUAAAAUUAAAAACUUAAGAACAACUUACAUACAACAAGUGCAUAAAAUACUCCAGAAGUCAAGUCCUAAUUGCAUAUAUGAACCCUCUUUAAUUUGGUUUCAUGAAAUGGAUCGAUGUAUGAAAAAUGUUUCCACCAACCGAAAUUCUCUAUAUAACAAUACCCAAGAGACAUUUGAAGUUGAUUCAUCAUGCCAAAUUUUCGUAGAUCAAGAGCUGGAAAAUGGAAACAUUGAAGAAACAAACCCUGAUCCCCUAAAUGCACAAACUGACACUGAAUAUGACUCAUCAAAACCGGAUGAUUCCAUCUCUCAUAUAAAAAAAGAAAAAGAACACAAAACACCACCUACCUAUAAAAAAUUGAAAAAGAAGAAAAUAAAGCACCGAGUUUCCGAACAAGAUUAUUCCACGGAUUCAACCACAGAAUCGGUUGCUAUGGAGGAUGAAUUUGAUAUCUAUGGGAAAUAUAUUGCUUCACAACUAAGGAAAAUGGAGUUGCAUAAAGCUUUGAGACUUCAGUUAGAGAUUCAAAGCUUAGUGAGCGAAGCAAGGAUUUCGGAUAUAAGCAGUGACUAA